CCAUAACGGUCGCAUUUUGUCUCUUCACUACACACUCAUUCUCUCUCUCCCUCAACGCUUGCUGAUUCAUUCCUCUCUCUCUCUGAAGUUAUCAAUGGAACCCGCGAAGAUCGAUUGGAAGAGACUAGAAUGGAACUUCUCCGUAGACGAACUCUACGAACACAUCAACGCACCCAAAUGGGUUGACUUCUUGUCCCUCAAUCAUUCUCCUCUUCAUAACAACAACGAUGACGAAGCUUGGUUUUGCAAACCUGAUUGCAACCACCCUAAAACAGCAGAGGAUUUUCUCAGAUCACCAUCUCCUUUCAAGGCUAGAAGUCCAUUUUACAUCUCAGAAAAUCUUUCAUGUGAUGACCAAAAUAGAAGAGAUAUGAAAAUCAAGAGAAGGGUGCCACCACUUUCAUCAUCUUCUCUCCAAGAUGAUAAAUUCAGAUUCAAACAAGAUAUCGAAAACCAAAACCCAAAUUUGUUUACUCCUCCAAUGAAGUCCUUGAAAGCCGAAGUCAAGUCAAGUGAAGAGAAGAAGAAGCUAGUUGAUGACACAUUCCAGGAAAACACGGCCGGGCCUUCAUUGAAAUCAACUCUUUCCGCGAAGAACUUGUUUUCGAGACGGCCGAUUUUGAAUCAAAUCACAGAUUUCUGCAAUGAAUUGAAGAAAAUGGCAUUGAGAGCUAGGGAGAGAGAAAAUGCUGAAAUUUUAAACCAUGUAGAGAGUAAAGAAGAGGUUGUUGUGCUUGAGAAGACUCCAACUGUUAAAAGUUCGGCAGAGUCAGAUAGAAGAGAGAAAGAAAGGAAACCACUGCUUGUAGUGAGUAAGGCUGAAAGGAAACCAUUGCUUCAUAGAAAGAAACCUGAUGAGGCAGAAAACAUGCCUAUAACUCUUGACUUGGAAAAUGUAAGACACAAGAAGGAGAAUAGCCUACAACAAAUAAGAACAAAUCCUCCUUCUCCUCAGUGCUUCUCUGACGGACUCAAUAAAUCUCACCCUCCAAAGGGUUCCAGAUCUCGGCUAAUGGAGAGAGGAAUACUUGAAGAAGUUGCUGAGCAAAACAAGGAAGUUGCAAAGAACUCGACAGCACACAACAACAGAAGUAUUACAAUAAUGGACGGAAGAGAAACAAAAACCUUGGACAUGUUUUGGUUCUUCAAGCCAUGUACAACAAUGUCAAGCUGACUUUCAUUGAAGUGAUUAUAAAUUCAUUUAUUCUUUCAUUUGUUUUCUACAUUACUAUUUCUAUAAUGUACUCGACCUGUUUUAUUUAGGUGGAAAUCAUUCUUUUAUCAUUAUAGCCAUUCUUUAUUAAUUGUCAUAUGACAUAUUCUUGUAACAUUGAUGAUUCAAUACACCUGUAGUGAACCAAAAGUUUAUCAAUAAAUUGUUACCUUUAAUUGUGA